AUGACUUUUCGGCACGACGAGAUCUCCCAGUUGAGCCUUAGAAAAAGUUAUUUCAUGCACUUGGAUAAGAAUUUUCUGGCUUCGAGCAGGACGAGCUACGAGCUGUGUAAAGUAAAGUGGAUGUCGAUGUUCGACAUUCCUGAAGUCUCAGGAAUACCUCACAGUAAAAAGGAAAUCCCUGAAAAAGUUACUCAGGCGGAGCAGGGGCAACAGCCGAGGCCGUCGCCCGUGAUCGAGAAGCACCACAUAUACGUACUAAGUGACGAUGAUACGGACUAUGAUGAACCGUUAUACGGUCACAUAUCGGACACCGGCAUCAUGUAUAUGCAAAGGGACGAUUCGACCGACAGACGCUCUGGUGGUUCGGAUGCGAAAUUAGUCGAUUCGCACAUUUACUACGCGAUCGACUUUACACAACCGGAGCUGGCGUUCGACGAUCGCAGUACAGCUGAGAAUAGCAUUCGAUCGCAGAGGAAGCAAAAGACCUCUACGACGCAGAAGCUCGACAAGGCGAAGAGGCAUAUUACGUACCACUGGCAAGAAGUGCUAAGGACAGCCAUAUUCGUUGUGCUGGUGAUCAUCAUCAUCGUAUUGGUCUACUUGUACGUCAGAAACAAAACUUCCUGA